AUGGCAUCUUUGAAAGAAUUCCAGGCGAGCGAAGUCGCAGCUCACAACACCAAAAAGGAUCUUUUUGUUAUCAUUCAUGGCAAAGUCUAUGAUGUCACAGACUAUGUGCGAGACCACCCCGGUGGUGCGGAUGUGUUGCUAGAUGUCGCCGGCACAGAUGCAACCUCUGCAUAUGAGGAUGUUGGUCACUCAGAGGAUGCGAAUGAAAUUCUGGAGACGUUCCUAAUUGGUACUGUCUCGGAUGCACAUGAAUUUGUUCAACCCAAAGUUGUUCGUGUAAUCAAGCCACCCUCUGCUUCAGAGACCCCUAAGAAGCCAUCAAAGGCCCUCAAAGCUGCGACUACAAUCACUGCCACGCUUGCUGCUACUGCGCUGGUUUACGUCUCUUCCAAAAAUCACCGCGCCCUCACCGACUUCAUCACAAAGCACACCCCAGCCUCCCUAAAAAUCACCGAGGCUCGCAUUCCAUUCACAAGCCUUCUGCAGGGUGGAUUUUUGACUGGAGUCACUGCUGCCACUCUGGCUUGCGCCACCAUUGGCAGUGCCAUCGCAGUAAAGCUCUCCAAGUUCACCGAAGUCGAGUCUGGUUUCACAAAGUACUCUCCGUACAAGAAGGCCUCCGCAAUCAAGAAGCAAGACCCUCAUCUUAUCAAGGGCUUCCUCGAGCCCAAGACCUUCAAAAGGCUUCCCCUCGUUGAGAAAGUUCAAUUAUCGCCCAAUGUGUACCGCUUCGUCUUCCAGCUGCCCAACCCCAAGGGCGUGAUUGGACUCCCGAUCGGCCAGCAUGUUGCUAUCAAAGCCAUGAUCAACGGUGCCUCUGUCUCGAGAUCAUACACCCCCACAUCCAACAACCUGGAUCUCGGAAAACUGGAGCUAGUCAUCAAAUGCUACCCAGAUGGCAUUCUCACCGGACAAUACCUCGAGCAUUUGGAAGUUGGUGACAAAGUGGAAUUCCGAGGCCCCAAGGGUGCCAUGAAGUACCACAGUGGCCUUUGCAAGAAAAUCGGUAUGAUCGCCGGUGGAACCGGAAUUACCCCGAUGUACCAACUUAUCCGGGCGAUUUGCGAGGAUGAUCGGGAUACCACUGAAAUCAGCCUGAUCUACGCCAACCGAAGCGAAGAGGAUAUUCUUCUGCGUCAUGAAUUGGAGGCCUUUGCGAGAGGAUACCCUAAGAACUUUAAGCUCUGGUACAUGCUUGACCAUCCUUCUGAUGAUUGGGCUUACGGCAAGGGAUACGUUACACCAGACGUCAUGGCUGCAAGAUUGCCUGGCCCAUCAUCUGAUACGAAAAUCAUGCUUUGUGGACCACCGGGUAUGGUGAAUGCCUCGAAGAAGGGCUUGGUGGCUGCGGGCUUCCAAGCCCCUGGCUCUGUCGGAAAGAUGACCGACCAGAUCUUCUGCUUCUAG